AUGUCGGAUUCGAGAUCGACGCCCUCCUCUUCUUCUCCUGCUAGUGGACUGCGCAUUGUGGUACCGCGGAAACACCUCCCGUCGUUCACGCUUGCGCUUUCUAUCCUACCAGAGGACGAUAUCCUACACCAUUUUGAAGAGUAUCAAUCGCUGGAGACUCCUGUGCGCAACUUGUUCCUUAGCCAUCAGCCCCUUAAUUCGUCGGAUUUUAUGAGGACGAUGGAUCAUCGGUUUGAAAUUCAGAAACCUAUGGGGUCGGUCUUUUCAUUGCCCAGCACCGUCUUUGGUCGGGAGAGAUCACUCGAUUGGGACGAUGCUUCCAGUGACAUUGAGACUGAAGUCGAUGAGUACGAGUACGAGGACCGACUUUCAAUAGACACGGAGUCUACGUAUGACGCCGGUGAAUAUACUCCUGCUUCUACGUUCUUCAAGCGUCUUGUUUGGAGGAUACGACGCCGGUGUCCGCAUUGUGGAGAGAAGCUCUCCGAACCUGUAAAGGAUGUCGACUCGGACGAGGCUUCGUCAUCGUCGUCGUCGUCGACUUUGUCCGAGCUUAAAAAACCCAGUCUGGCUCGUUUGAGCCAUCUUAAAAGAAUACGGACUCCCGUGCGGUGGAGACUCAAGUAA